UUGCGCCUGUUGUACCUCCGACUGAGCUGCCGCCGCCCCGCCACGUUUGCGCCACCUACAGCCCGGAGGGUGAGCGUCAUGGCGGCUUUUUACCCUCUCCCGGUGACCCAGGACCUGCCCACGCUGCGUGCCAAGUUGCAGGGUCUGCUGCGGUUCUUAAGGGAAGCCCUGUCCAUUUCCAACGCACACACAGUGGACUUCUACACAGAGUCCGUGUGGGCGGGGCUGGUUGACUUAUCUCCGGAGACCGUGCUGGCCGCGUUGAGAACGUUGGCGGCGCCGGCGGAGGCCCAGGCCCAGUUUUAUGAGGCGCGCCCCCUGGUGGAACAAGGGAAAGGAUCAGGUAUUACUGAUUUUUCCAAAAUAUUUUGUGAAACUUCUCAGAGGCUAGUGAAUGUCGAAGCCUUUGCUCUGGCUGCAAAACACUAUUCUGUCCAACACUUGGGAAUCUGUACUCCUUUAGAACAGUUGCUUAAAGCUCUUCAAGGAAAUAAAAAACAGAGAACUGGUGAAAAUCUGAAGCCAAAUGAGUUUAUGAAUAUGAAAAAAUCUCAUGAAGUUCAGGCAAUGUCAGACCUAAUUUUCAGUAUUGCUGAUUACUAUGGAAUAAAACAAGUAAUUGACUUGGGUUCUGGUAAAGGCUACCUAAGUUCCUUUUUGUCCUUGAAGUAUGGCUUAACUGUUUAUGGAAUUGAUUCCUCAAAUACCAAUACUCAUGGGGCUCAGGAGAGGAACCGGAAACUAAAGAAACAUUGGAAACUCUACCAUACUAAGUCAAAAGUAGAUGUCAAUGGACUGGCAUUAAAAAUGACAAAAGAAAGAAAAAUGCAAAAUGAAACGAAAUAUAAAGCAGAUACUGAGCAAGUAUAUAACAGUCCUGCAAAGCAAGAAAAGAUGUCUACCUCAGAUUUUUUGCCAGAUUUUUCAGGCUCUGUAAUUUCUGAUAUUAGAAUACAAAUGGAAAACCUACAUACUCAGUCAUAUGAAGAAGAAAAUUUGUGUUUUUUAAAUGCCUUUUCGCUCAUAGACUUUUUGCCUAUCGAUGCCAUAAAGCCUAUUUCAUCAUCACAUAUAUCCAACAGAGAAAUGUCUGAAGCAAAUAAAGGGAGAAGAAAAAUGCCAUCACAGUCAAGUGAAUCAAAUGUAUAUUCACCAUUAACUUCUUUUAUCACUGCUGAUUCAGACCUACGUGACAUUAUUAAAGAUCUGGAGGAUUGUUUAAUGGUGGGUCUACAUACUUGUGGUGAUCUUGCUCCAAAUACUCUGAGAAUAUUUACUUCUAAGUCUGAAAUCAAGGGAGUGUGCAGUGUGGGUUGUUGCUACCACCUCUUAUCUGAAGAGUUUGAAGAGGAGAAUAAAGACUGUACUGAAGAAAAAUGGGGAUUUCCAAUGUGCCAGUAUUUGAAGGAAGAAAGAUGGUGUUGUGGCCAGAAUGCCAGAAUGUCAGCAUGUUUGUCAUUGGACCGGGUUGCAGUUGGCCAAGGGCUGCCCACUGAAUCACUGUUUUAUCGUGCAGUUCUUCAAGAUAUUAUUAAAGAUUGUUAUGGCAUCACCAAAUGCAAUCAGCAUGUUGGUAAAAUUUAUUCCAAAUGCUCUUCCUUUCUGGAUUAUGUCAGAAUGUCUCUAAAGAAGCUUGGAUUAGAUGAGUCCAAGCUGCCUGAAAAAACUAUAAUGGACUACUAUGAGAAGUAUAAGCCUAGAAUGAAUGAGCUGGAAGCUUUUAAUAUGUUAAAAGUCGUUUUGGCUCCUUGUAUAGAGACAUUGAUUCUUCUGGAUCGACUUUGCUACCUGAAAGAGCAGGAAGAUAUUGCAUGGUCUGCACUUGUGAAGUUAUUUGAUCCUGUGAAAUCUCCCAGAUGUUACGCUGUUAUUGCUCUGAAGAAGCAGCAGUGAUUUCAAUUAAAGCAGAUUAAUAGUUAUACCUAUUUAUGUGACUUGUUGCUACAAUUGCUUUUUU